UGCGGGGCUAGGCGAGCUCGGCGGCCCCGGGGGCUCGGAGGCGAGAUGGCGUCAGGCAGGCGCUCCCCGCGCAACCGGGCUGCUGGAACUGCGCGCGGGGCUGGCCCGGGGGCUGGCGCCGAGAGGUGGCAGCGGGUGCUGCUCAGUCUGGCGAGGACGCGCUGAACCGUGAGCCCCGCCGAGGGCGAGGUCGGCCCGGAGCCCGGCGCCCCACGGGAGCCGGAGCCCGCGCAGCUCAACGGCGCCGCCGAGCCCGGCGCGGGCGCCCCGCAACUGCCCGAGGCGCCGCUCCAGCGGCGCCGCGUGACGGUGCGCAAGGCCGACGCCGGCGGCUGGGCAAUCAGCAUCAAAGGGGGCCGAGAGAACAAGAUGCCUAUUCUCAUUUCCAAGAUCUUCAAGGGCCUGGCAGCUGACCAGACUGAGGCCCUCUUCGUGGGGGAUGCCAUCUUGUCUGUAAAUGGGGAGGAUCUCUCCUCUGCUACCCAUGAUGAGGCGGUGCAGGUCCUGAAGAAGACGGGCAAAGAGGUGGUGCUGGAGGUCAAGUACAUGAAAGAGGUCUCACCGUAUUUCAAGAACUCUGCCGGCGGGACUUCGGUUGGCUGGGACUCGCCUCCUGCUUCACCCCUUCAGCGACAGCUGUCUUCCCCUGGCCCCCCACCCCGGGACAUCAGUGAUGCCAAACACAUAUCCUUGAAGAUGGCAUACGUCUCGAGGAGGUGCACCCCCACUGACCCGGAGCCCAGGUAUUUGGAGAUCUGUUCAGCAGAUGGUCAAGACACCCUCUUCCUGAGGGCCAAGGAUGAGGCUAGCGCAAAGUCGUGGGCAGCUGCCAUCCAGGCCCAAGUCAACGCUCUGAUGCCUUGGGUCAAGGACGAGCUGCAGGCACUGCUGGCAGCCACCAGCACAGCUGGGAGCCAGGACAUCAAGCAGAUCGGCUGGCUGACUGAGCAGCUGCCCGGUGGGGGCACGGCACCUACCCUGGCCUUGCUGACCGAGAAGGAGCUGCUUCUCUACUGCCAUCUACCCCAGACCCGGGAGGCUCUGAGCCAGCCAGCCCGUACUGCCCCACUCAUUGCCACCAGGCUGGUGCACUCAGGCCCCUCCAAGGGUUCGGUGCCCUAUGAUGCAGAGCUCUCUUUUGCCUUGCGCACGGGCACACGUCACGGUGUGGACACUCACCUGUUCAGCGUGGAGUCACCACAGGAGCUGGCUGCCUGGACCCGCCAACUGGUGGAUGGCUGUCACCGGGCUGCCGAGGGUGUGCAGGAGGUGUCUACAGCCUGCACGUGGAAUGGCCGUCCCUGUACCCUCUCUGUGCACAUCGACAAGGGCUUCACGCUGUGGGCGGCUGAGCCCGGUGCGGCCCGAGCUGUGCUGCUCCGGCAGCCCUUUGAGAAGCUGCAGAUGUCCUCAGAUGAUGGUGCCAGCCUCCUUUUCCUGGACUUCGGGGGUGCUGAAGGAGAGAUUCAGCUGGACCUGCAUUCGUGCCCCAAAACCAUGGUCUUCAUCAUCCACUCCUUCCUCUCGGCAAAAGUCACCCGCCUGGGGCUUUUGGCCUAGAGAUCACCGGAUGCACUAGCCCUGAAGAGAGGGUAUCUACCACAUGGCCUGACCUGGCCCUCCGCUGACUGCCUGCUCACCACUGGGCUGAGGGAAGGGAGAGGAAAGGAACAAGAGUGCAGAGUCCCAGCUUCUAAGGGAGGCUGGGAUAGUCUUGGGACUGGGACCCAGACUCAGGACACAGUGGAUCCUGCCUGUGAUGGGGUAGCCUCCCAGGUGCCCCAUCAUCUCCACAUCAGUGCCUUUUGCAGAGAGAUAUUUUGUGUACACAAAAGCCAUUCCGAGCCUGGGACCUGCCCCUGUGGGGAUCCUGACCCCAGACAACAACUGCCAGGCCUCCUAGAGGCCCCUAAGCCACCCUCAGAGGCCUCAUCUGAAGGGAGUUCCCUGGGGUCCAUGGCAAGAGAAAGAGGAGGAACCUUUCUGUUCAUUUCUCCCCUCAGCUCCACCACCUUGGGGCAUCUGGUUUUUCUCUUCAUCCUCUCUCCUCCUUACUCUUGGAUAAAUAAACAGCCUGUGAGUACAUAGGCAGCCUGG